AUGAGAUCUUUUGUCACAAACAAUGAUAUACCAGUUGGCUACGUAACGCCAAAGUUUCCAUCCUUAUAUUGGCCCAUCAACAGUUCGAGGUACAACAUCGCAUUUUUGUACUAUAUCUCUGAUAUUUGGAAAUUUUCGCUUUACUGGACCCUGAUAUUCAAUGGUGCAUUUUAUGUGACUACUGGCUUAUACGCUAGCUUGACGCACAGGAAAAAGGGCGGUAGUAUAUGGAUAUUCGUCAUGUACGUUAUUUAUGGUGGUGUGCAAGGCUUAACCACUGGUACAGUCAUGGGGUUUCUCAUAGGCGCAAUCUACAGAUCUGGUCUGUUUUCCAUGUCGACAUGGAUUCCACUCUGUUGCGCAGUGGUCCAAAUCCUCUUCGACGUGAUACUAGGUUACUCCAUGAUAGGAUCUGUUAUGUGA